AUGGCCACUGCGACUGCCAGCUAUCCGACUGAAGAUGAGAAAAUUAUCAUCUCAGCUGCUGAAGAGCUCAUGCGGGAAACUAUGGCCCGCUAUGAUUGCAGUCAUGACGCUUAUCACGUCGAGCGUGUUCGCAAGACAGCUCUUCAACUCGCUCGCUCGGUCUCCAAGACUCCAGAUCUCUUGACCGUAGAACUCGCCGCUCUCUUGCAUGACGUCCUGGACAAGAAAUAUGUCUCUGCGGAAGAAGCAGCAGACCCAUAUGCUUACUUUCUCCCUUUCUUCACCGAAUUACACUCGCGCGCUCCAUCAAUCAAUCUAGUUGAGGACGGGCGUGCGAAAGCCAUAGCGAUGAUCGUCGAGAACGUGAGCUGGAGCACGGAGAAGAAGUUGAGGGCCGCUGGCAAGUGGGGAGAGUGGCAUGAGGAAUGCGUAGAGCUACAUUGUGUGCAAGAUGCGGAUAGGUUGGAUGCUAUUGGCGCAUUCGGUAUCAUGCGCUGCGCUGCAUUUACCGCUGCUACCAAUAACUCUCUGCAUGCGCCUGAAGGCGAUCCGCGCCGAGAAGCGUCUACAGUACAACACUUCUAUGACAAGCUCCUUCACAUUAAGGAUCGCAUGAAGACGGAACCUGGUAAACAUGCCGCCGAACGCCGGCACAAGCUUAUGCUCGACUUCUUGCAAGGCGUUGACGAGGAGUAUAACGCUGUAUUAUGA